AUGAACGGCGACCUCACUCUCAACAGCAUAUUCGACGUGCCUUUUGAAGCACCCUUUGGCGCGUCUCAAGGCACAAGUGACGGUCCUCAUUCCUCGGGGGCCACCCUAUUUGGGUUGAAUAAUCAUGGGGCCUUGAUGAAUCCUAUAGGUCUGCAGAUCCGACAUGACUUUCUCAGGUCAAUAUCACUGACAUUACCUUUGGCAGGUUCUGCAUUUGAAGACGCCCCUCGAGGACGGGAAGACACCUUUGCACGACGAUCGUUCAGUCAUGGGGGCGCGGGAAUGAAUGACGCUCUUGAUGGGCGCCCCUCCAGUGUGUACAGAGGCCAACAACGCGAUCGCUCCGCUUCACCUCGUGCAAGAACCACCCAAACCAGCGGCACACGAUCAGACCACCGCGGCUCGUUUCAAUUGCACUCGAACCGAGGUGGAGCUUACGGACCUGCCGCUGAUAUCGAUGGUCGCCCCGAUCAAAUUGAAAAUCAAACUGACCCAGGAAGAUACGCGUACCCCCUGACCGGCCAAAACCUCCAGAGUUUCGAAUCCAUGUCCGAGAAGGUUGGCCUAGACACAGCAGGUCAUGCGUUUGCCCUCAUGCAAGCCGAGCUAAUCUCCGACAAUAACCGUCAUUUGGGGCAAGCCGUCAUGCAGGGGCAAAUCAUGAUGGAGGUGUCGCACUUACGUGGUCAACUCGCGCAGAUGACUGAUCAACUGGCUAGUGUGUCGAACUUACAUGGCCAAAUCGCUAACAUGACUGAGCAACUGGCGACGGUGGCACAAAUCGUUGAGGCACUUGCCUCAGCUCCUCCCCAACCACCUGCACAAGCUCCGUCCUCAAUGGAAUCUACUGUGGUUGCAACCUCAGUUGUUGACGCGCCUUGGGAGCCCAGUCCUCAACUUCUAGACGUGAUGAACCCGCUCGCCUUGAGCCUUAUGAAUUCUCCGCAGUUGUUUUCGUAUACCGCAUUGAAGAACAAGCGCGAGGGCAUACUACCGCAUUCCUUGUUCAACGUCAUGAAACUCACGAUAGCCAAGGAAAGCGCUGCCUUCAUUGCGAGAAACCUUCCUCCUGUCCAUCAAGGAGUGGAGGAAGCUUCUGCAGCCAAGAGGUACCACUCGGCGAUCAAAGAUUGCGGGAAGCACGCCAGAGAAAAGGUCCACAUCGUGUUGUUAACAGGCAUUCAUGAUCCUAAGAUGGGCGAGGAAGUAGAUGAACCGGUUCCCCAUAUCAAGUCGAUGGUCCAGCAGGUCGCUCAACGCUGUGGCACGGUGGGUGUGAAGUGUCACAUGGACACUGUCUGGGCAGCAACCGACUUAUUGACACGGGCACGGAUAGCGUACCUGCGUCGCGAAGCCGCCAGGAUUGUACUGAAAGGCGGCAAAGGCAGCCAAUCAAUCUGGGCGUGUGUGGAUAAGCAGCUAUCGAAGAUGCGGCUGAGGGAUGACGAGCGCUAUUCUAUUGCAUUCUAUCAAAUCAUCUUUGACGACGACUGCAAGUACUUUGAUGGGGCCACUUUUUUUAACGAGCUCAAAGAAAGAGGAAUGAAUUUGGAUUUGCCAUCCGAUGAGGCCAUAUUGGCACGCAUGGCUGUAGCCCCGGCUGCUGACCCAAGCGCUUUGGUAUAG